GUCUAAGGUAGAGUGAGAUGAGGGCACCAAGGGUGUGGUUGUGGUUCUAUUUUGACCUUAAAGAAAACACCCUACACAACAUGUACAUGACUGAAUACAACGAAGAAUUGAAGACAAACAAGCGGUUACCUACAAUACUUCUACUUUCUAGGACUUGCCACCCCGGUUGAGCGGGAAUGCGCCACUCCAUGGGACUUACAAUCUGGCUACUGUAUACCCAAAGUGCUUCCAUUGAUCCGAGUCCAUUCAGUUCAAUCGCAAGGCCCGGGCGAACGUGCCUUUAUUUUGCUCCCUCCCUCCUUCCCUCGAACUCUCUUCCCCUUCUAUUACACUUAUGGUGUUUGUUUCCACCCCUUGAAACGCUUCCCCUGCCAGUGGAAGUCACAUUCCCGCCUUCUCUCCCUCUCCCUUUCCCCUCCCCUCAUUCCGAGCCGAUUCUUCUUGGACGCCUGCCUAUUCCGUCGACGGCUGCGGCAGCGGUAUCGGUAUCGGUAUCGGUAUCAAGGGCUCGCGUGAGAAGCUUGCAGAAGAGUGCGAGAUCCGAUGUGCUAUACAGUAAGAUCGCGCCACGCCGCCACUUACUUCCAAGCACCCGACUUCGAGCGGGAUGAAUUGUUUUGGACGGGUUCAACUUACGGCGUGUGGUGCGUCGAAACAUGAGGCUACUAGCUGCUGUGCUCGCUUGUGACGCUUAUCGUUUCUUAGUCUUAUUUGGCUACUAUGUGAUGCUGCGCUGUCACUAGUAGCUGGAGACUAAAGUACCUGUACUCAUGGUUUGUGUACUUAUUGCCAGUCGAACGGUUUUAUUUUUUUGUGUGUGUCUUGAUGGUUUGCAAUUAUUUGGAACCCGGUUCGCGGAGGUCAUGCGCUGUUGUGAAAUGUUUUGCGUGUUUGAAGUUGAGUGGUAGGAUGGUCCCGCUUAUGUCCCCUGAGUAAUUCUAUUAUCCGUCCGAGUCCUCAUGGAACACAAAACGUCCAGCAAGGCGGACCGGAGAGUCUCGUUCAGAGUCAUAUCUGAAGUUUGGUAUGAUGAUAGCGGCUUUCCCGCCCGAGAAUUACGAUCGAAGUUGAAAUCGACUAACGCAUGGAGUACCCGGUAAAAGGUAAUUGCAAAUCUGGACGCCAAGUUUCAGGAUGUCCUAUCAUAAAGGUCAAGAGCUUGG